AUGACAACCCCCAUUCUCCCUCUCACACCCCUCUCAGAUCAAGACGAAGAAUUCGGAUUCUCACAACCAGACGACAUCAAGCGUCGUCGUCGUACAACACCUGAGGAACUCUCCGUACUCGAAGCGGAAUACGCGAAGAACACCCUCCCAGAUGCGAAGAAUAGAGUUAGGAUAGGGCAGAUGACUAAUAUGUCUGCUCGCUCCGUACAGAUCUGGUUCCAGAAUAAGCGCCAGACGGACAAACGAAAGGCACAAGGACUCACCCGUCGACCACCCCGUCGAAUCCCAGUCGGCUCCUUCUCACACCCCCAUUCCAUUCUCUCCUUAACGCGUGACUCCUUGGGCGAAGACGAGCAACAGCGAAAGAAACGCAAGACCCUUGAACAAGCCGCAUCCGAGGCCCAGCGCAGAGGGCCGACAUCACCUUCUCUGCCCGGGCUCGGACUCCCCAGGAAUGGAGAAGAGUUUUCCGCCGCACUUGCUAUUGCCCGCAUGCAGUCUCAUUCCGUACCGUUCCCACCCCGACGGCCACUUGGCCAGCUAGAUACCAACGCCCUCCGCCCGGGGUUGUCAAGGUACGCGAGCAGCACCCUUCCCCCCUCUUUUUCCCGCACACCAGAACCGCAAGCCUUCGUGCGCGCAUACUCCCUCCCUUCGGCACAUUUCCCCACCGCCCAUGGACAAGGGACGAAGCAGGACCCAAUUUGGGAACGGAUGCUCUCCUCGCCCCAGUCUUCACCUUAUGUGGCGCCUUUUGGGAGAAAACGGCCGUUCGAGCAUACUCCUGGGUCGCAUUCUGUACCGUUUGGUGCACGGAGGGAGCAGGAGUCGCUGCCAGAGGACGUGACCGACACGUCCGACACAUCUGAUGUGGAGGACGUGGGGUCACCCUUGCCCUUAGAAGCUUCUCAGGGUUCCACCUCGUCUAGGCAGAGCUUUGCCACCUCUAUUUCCGACUCCGGCUGCUCGGAUAUCGACCCUGACGAACAGACCGAACGAUAUCGCUACAGCCAGGUCAAGUAUCAUGAACCUGAAGAAGCAGAGCAGCCAGUCGAAGCAGAAGCAGAAGAAGAGUCAAUUGCUAACAUCCUAGAUGUGCCUGAUGCGGCAGGCAUCCCCGACCUGUCAUUCGAUAGCGUCUCCUCCCAGUCCUCAGACCCCGACCUCACCACAUCCUCGAUCGACUCCCUCCCGUUGCUCCUCAAGCCCCACACCUCGGGCAGCCAAGAAGUUCGACUCCUGGUGUCAAGGGAAGGAGAAGGCGGGCCCGUGCGGCUGAGUAUCCGUAUUCCGGGAGACGACUGGUCUACUGCCGGGGAACGGCACAAUAACAGGCCGGGGGGGAAGGAAGAGGGGAAGGAGAAGGAGAAAGUCAACGCUUGGGAAAAGGAAGCGGCCGAGUUGUUGUGUUUUAUGGCUUCCGGUCGGGGCGAAGGGCGGUGA